AUGGAUUUCCUUUUCGGACGUCGCAAAACACCGGCCGAAUUGCUCCGGCAGAAUCAGCGUGCUUUGCAAAAGGUAAAACUUGAUUUUUUCUGAAAUGUUUUGAGAGACAACAAUUUUUCAGGCAAUCCGCGAGUUGGACCGUGAGCGCGCUCGUAUGGAGGCCCAGGAGAAGAAAAUCAUUGCCGACAUCAAGUUGAUGGCGAAGAAAAAUCAAAUGGUACAGUUUUUCGCGAAAAAAUUGGAGGAAAGUCGAUGUUUUGCAGGAUUCUGUAAAAGUGAUGGCAAAAGAUCUGGUGCGGACUCGUCGCUACGUCAAAAAGUUUAUUAUGAUGAAGGCGAACAUUCAGGUUUGCCAGAAAAUGCAAAAUGUUCCCAAAAAACGUUGCAGGCGGUGUCGCUGAAAGUGCAAACGCUGAAAUCGCAAGACGCGAUGGCGUCGGCGAUGAAAGGAGUGACAAAAGCGAUGCAAUCGAUGAAUCGGCAGCUGAAUCUGCCGCAAAUCCAGAAAAUUAUGAUGGAGUUCGAGAAGCAGAGCGAAAUUAUGGACAUGAAGGAGGAGGUGAUGGGCGACGCCAUCGACGACGCUCUCGGAGACGCCGCCGACGACGAGGAGAGCGAUCAGAUCGUCAAUCAGGUAAAAAUGUGAAGAUACUUGCACAAAAACCACCGGUUUUCCACAAAUUUUCGGUAAAUUCGCAAUUUUUCAGGUGCUCGACGAGCUCGGCAUCCAAAUGGGCGAAGAGAUGGCCGGUCUGCCGGCGGCGCUUGGAGGACUCGCUGUGGACGGAGAAAAGGUGAGAUUUGGCGGAAAAUGAGGCGCUUUCGAGAGGGAAAGUUUAAAAUUCACAUGUUUUCUACUUAAUCUCACAAGGAGACUUGUGAAAAACAGGAAAAAAAGAAAUGAAAUUACCAAUUUUUGCAGUCGGGACGUCAAGCGGUGGCCGCGGGCGGAAACGGAGGCACUGGCGGCGGAGCGAGCGGAUCCAACAGCGGAAAUGCGGUCGACGACGAUCUGCAGGCCCGUCUCGACCAGCUCAGAAGGGAAUAA